AUGGGUUGGUUUUCAUGGCUCUAUUAUAUGCUCCUCUUCUUUUUUAUUUCUUCCUCUGUCUCUUCUUCAUCAAUACCUCUAUCCUCUGCUCCUUCUCCGUUUCCUUCCUUUCCAUCGUGUCACAUUGACGACAGCAAAGCUUUGCUCCAAUUCAAGAACUCAUUUUCCAUUGAUUAUACCCUUGCUAAUGAUUAUUGUGGUCCUGAUGUUCGAUCUCCAACGAUCUCUUGGGAGAGUGGCACAGAUUGUUGUGGAUGGAGCGGAGUCACCUGUAAUGACAUAACAGAUUUGCUGCACCUUGAUAUCGAUGAUGCUAAUUUUGCAAGGGAUAUACCACUCGAAUUAUCCUACCUAUCUAAGCUUCAAACACUUGAAGUUUGUGGUGGAAAUCAACAACUGAGACUAAACACAUCUACCUUUGAAAGAAUUGUCACAAACCUAACCAAUCUACAAAUCCUCGCUUUCGAUUUUGUUGAUAUGUCUCGUGAUAAUCCUGCUUCUUUGAUGAAUUUCUCAUCUUCUUUGAAUAUUCUUCAGCUCUGUUCACUCAGGGAAUUGAGUCUUUCUUAUACAAAUUUCUCAAUAGAUGUACUUGAUCUAACUAGAAAUUUGAAGUCAUUGGAUGGAUUGUACCUUAGCAACUGCAGUGGUCAGAGAACCACAACACUUCCUAAAAUUGAUAGUUAUAAUUCUACCCAAAUUUCUCUCUCACCUCAUUCUUCAAAAAACAAAUCACUUGGUCCUGUUCAUUGGAAUUUUGAAUAUCUUUUAUUAGAUGAUAACUUGCUAAAUGGAACAAUUCCAAAUUGGUUAUUUGCUCUUCCAUCUUUGAAGCAUUUACGCCUUCGAAAUAACAAAUUCACUGGCCACAUUCCGGAAUUCCUGACAACUUCUUUGAUUGAGCUUUCUUUAGGAGAUAACAAACUAAAUGGGUCAAUUCCAAUAUCAAUCUUUCAGCUAGUGAAUCUUACUUCUUUAGAUCUUUCAUCCAAUUCAUUGAGUGGUUUUCCACAAAUAGAUCUUUCAUUGAAUACACUUUCGUCACACAAUUCUAUCUCCUCCAAACACUCGACCAACCAUAGCAUUUUUCCUAAUUUAGAAUGUCUAAGACUUUCGCACACUAAAAUUGAAGGAAAUAUUCCUGAAUGGAUAUUCAAAGUGGGUAGGGAUUCUUUGACUUAUCUUAAUCUUUCUCACAACUUUCUGACACAUAUAGAUCGAUUUCCAUGGAAAAAUUUGCAGUAUCUUGAUCUUCACUCCAACAUCCUUCAUGGACAUCUUCCAAUUCCACCACCAUCCAUUAAAGUCUUUUCUAUAUCACACAAUCAACUGAUUGGAGAGGUACCUUCACUGAUUUGCAACCUUAGUUCCCUCGAAGUUCUUGAUUUGGCUAAUAAUAGUUUGAGUGGGAAACUUCCUCCAUGUAUUGGAAAUUUAAGUGACAAUCUUUCAGUUUUGGCUCUAAGAAUGAAUAAGUUUCAUGGAACAAUUCCUACAAAAUUGUUUGCAAAGAAAAAUAUGCUAAGAAAUCUGAACUUGAAUGGAAAUGAAUUUGAGGGUUCGUUGCCAUGA